UUGGAGGGUAUCAACAGCCUUGAGUUCCUGUCAACCAGAUCACCUUCUUUUAAAACUGUCCUCAGGGUCUGAGCGCCUCUGGAAGUGAAGUUAACAAGGCAGACCCCAAGACCUUUCAUGGCAACAGCAGAGAGGGGAAACCAACACUCCGUGAACAUGAGCCUCAGACCCCCGACGUCUGCUCUUCAGUUUGAGAGCAAAGGCAGCCAUUUUAUGGCCGGAAAUGGAAGUUGUUUUCUAGUCAGGCACACCCCUCAUCCCAGACGGGUCCGCCACAUCAAAGGUUUGAACAACAUUCCGAUCUGUACUGUGAAUGAUGAUGAGAACUCAUUGUGGGGUGUUGGCCAGUUUGACCACUUGGAGAAGGACGAGAUGCCAUUUGCCAAACGCAGUUACCCACCUAGCACUGCAGCCCUGGAGAGCCCGGUGGGAGAGGUCUCAGCAGCCCCAAACAGUGUCAGUGUGCCCCCACGGCCUCAUUCUGAGCCCUGUAGAAAAAUCAAGGAGUGCUUCAAAACUUCCAGUGAGAAUCCCUUAGUUAUUAAAAAGGAAGAAAUUAAGGAAAAAAAUCCACCGUCACCUCCAAAGCCAUGCUCUACUUCUGGCUCCUGUUCUUCAGAGGUGAUAAGUACCAAGACCGACGGCAAAGAGAACACCGUUUGCAUACCAAACUACCUGGAUCAGGAAAUCAAAAUUCUGGCCAAGCUCUGUAACAUUUUACGUACUGAUUCUCUGGCAGAAGUUCUACAGUGGCUGCUUCAUGCAAGUUCAAAAGAAAAAGAGUGGGUCUCAGCUUUGAUUCAUGCUGAGCUGGCUGAGAUAAACUUGUUGACUCACCAGCGAAGAAACACCUCAGCAGAACCAGCAGCAGAGACUGGGAAGCCACCCAAAGUCAAAUCACCCCCAAAUUCACCUGCAAAAUCAGAAGCGCUGACCAGACCUAGGGAAAGACCUCAGCUGGCCAGAGUGUCAAGUCAAGGAUCUGAAGGAAAUAAGGAAGUGCCAAAAGAGGCUGGGCACAAGCCUCCAUUGUUUAUAAGAAGAAAUAAGAUGAAAAUACCUGUUGCAGAAUAUUUCAGCAAACCAAAGUCUCCUCCCAGGCCUAAAACUCAGGAGAGCAUACCAACAAAGCCAGUUUCAGCAAGGAGUAUACAACAAGGAUACAGUCUCUCUCCCCAGAGAGCAUUUUAUCCUGUAACAUACCAAAGGUAGAGAUUCUGGACUGGGCUAAGUCUUUCACGAACAUGCUUCACUUUGUUACAAAAUCAAAUUAUUUAAAAAAAAAUAAUUUGGUAUGGAGGAAUCAAUAGCUCCUCCAUAUAGUGGCACAGGUAAAUCUCAAAGCACCUGUAUAUAAUACUACUAAAUAAAUGCCAAUGGAGACAAUAUUUCUAUUUGCAGUUAAUUUUAAUGCCAUGUGUAAAAAGAAAUGUUGAUUUACAUACUACAUUUCCAGUCUUGCACUAUUAGUAUUAGUACAUAAGCAUAGGGCCCUGAUACUAGAAAAAUCAUCCGUAAUCAGAAUUAGGCAGUUUUAAUUUGACACCUACCCCAAACUCUGAUAGAGAAAAACAAAACAAAACCCAGAAUUUUAACAUCUGAGCUACUUUCUGCAACCCACAGUGUUUCAGUGUUGUUGAACUAUUGGAAAAACACUCACCUCCCUCCAAAAAAAAAAAAGAUAAUAAAAAUUAUCCCUAACUUAUGAGCCAGAAAGGAGCUAGUUUCCACUCAUGGCAAAUUGUGAAUGAUAUUAACGAAUUUCCUAAUAUUGAAAGUUUUGUAUUUUUAAAAGAAAUCAC